UCAACAUAUAGCAAGCCACCAUGAUACAGCAUCUUGACUUCCUGGAAACAACGCUCUUUUUGGCACCAAGCACCAACUGCAUUAUGUCGCCCUUGGACUUUGAUAUCUAUGCCUCAUCGCCACAGUCUGCUGCAGCACGUCUGGGAAAGCUCUCAAUAUCAAACAAGGCUGAACAGGAUGGCAUCACGACCAAGCGGGUGAUUCAGACACCGGGCUGCUUCAUGUACUCGAUCAAAGGAUCCGUGCCACACCUCACUCCAGACAAUAUGCGCCUGCAAGACUUUGGCGGUGUCAUUGUCUCUCUGGAGGAGAUCCUGCAAACGGAUCAACCUACCUCUUUCUCAAACUGGCCUUCGAUCUCUUCGGCGCCCUUCAAGUUCACCUUGGCGGACUACCUGCAUCUGUGCGACCUCAUCCUCCUUUGCGACCUCCGCAACAACGCCUCACCGACCACCGACUCUACAAAACUGGGCUCCAACACAGAUCGUCAUGUCCUGCUGUCAACACCUAAGGGCGUUCGUCAAUUGACUUUGGACGAUUACCUUCAGAUCGCUCGGCAAUAUCGUCCCGAUAUCAUAGCCUCCCUGGCGGACAACAUUGCAGAGACUCAGGUACCAUCUCAGAAACGCGUCCGCAAGAGCAUAGAGCGGACACUGAAAUGGUUGGAUCAGAUCCUGUUGGAGAGACAAGGUGGAGAUGGUAGGAUCGCGGAUCGUCGAUUGGAAGAGGAAAAGAGACGCAAGAAGGAAGAGAAGGAGAGGAGACGUAACAUGACCAAGGAGCAGCAGCAACAGCAGGAAGAUGCCGAUCAGCAACCAGAGGUGCCAGCGGAAGUUCAGCCCAUUGCGACGGACCCAUGGAUGGAUGUCGCUGUAUUUGCACAUGUGCAGGGGUCGCAGUUCGAGGAGGAGAGGAUUUUGAGUGCGAAAGAAACUGCGCAGAGAAGCGCCGUCGAUGGGUUCAUAAUGGAUGCAAAAUCACUGGCAGGUGCAUGCACGAAAGCAGAGAUCUUGAAGCAUAUCGAGACCUCGAUCGAGCACUUGCCUCCUCAAAAGCCAAGGCUUCUCUAUGGCGUCAACACACCAGAGGACGUGCUGAAGGCGAUUCCGUUGGGCGUGGACUUGUUCGACACCUCAUACCCUUAUCAACUGACCGAGGAUGGAAAGGCAUCCUUGUAUUGUUUUGGACACAAUUUACAUCCUUCGUCAUCGCCGUUAUCGUCCUACUCAACCAGUAACGGCAACAAACGUUGGAUUAAUCUGUGGGAUGAGGAACAUGGAGACAAGUUCAUCCCUCUUCUUGAAGGGUGCGAGUGUUAUGCCUGUAAGGGAGGCAGGCAUACAAGAGCGUAUAUCAACCAUCUCUUGAAGGCGCACGAGAUGCUCGCCACUGUUCUGCUCAUGAGCCAUAACAUGUACCAAUACUCAAAGUUCUUUGCUGCUGUUCGAGAGGCGAUCAAGGAAGGAACUCUGGAACAGCACUCAAAGGUCUUUGACGAAACAUUCGGCGCCGAACCCGUUCGGACAAGCGAGAAACACGCAGCGCAGAUUGUAGUUGAGGCAGCGCUCUCAAAACGCAAUCAGCGACUUGAGGCCCCAGAAUCUGGAGCUGUCGAUGCCAUCGGCAUGGGUGACGAUAAGACCACGAAGAAGCGGCCAGACGACGAAGAUGCCAGCAACGAGAAUAAGAAGGUCAAGAAGGCCGAGGAAGAGGAAAUAACAAACAGAGAUAUAGCAUAGAUCCGGCGUAGACAAACGCUCGCUCAGCAUAGGACAGUAAUAGUAAUUGUAAUAAUAAUGCUUUGGAG